UGGUCCGUCACUACACCAAUUUCCCGCAGGCACUUCCGGCGUGGUGAUGCACCCCUCAGAGUGCGCUUUCAGGGACCGAAUGGCUGCGACGCGCCUCGUUUUGAUGGCGGUGCUUCUGGCGGCCGUCGCCGCCAUCAACGAGACGGCAACGACCUCGUCAGCCACGGUUCCGUCAGAGCACGGGGGCCACAGCCAGGGGGCCGCGCCGGAUCCCGCCGCCGCCACCAUCACCGCCCCGCUGCCGCCUUCAGGGCUCUUUGGGCUGGGGCUGCCGGCCCUCCGACGCGCCUUCUAUGUGUUCUUAGGCCUGGCCGGCCUGGCCUUCGUCUAUUACCUCGGACUCCGAGUGUUCCGCACAAGGAAGCCUACACGAAAAAAAUAUGGUCUUCUUUCGAACUCUGAAGAUAACAUGGAGAUGGCUUCUCUGGAGAGUGAUGAAGAAACGGUAUUUGAAACAAGGAAUCUGAGGCGAUGAUGACGGGAUUUAAUGGCUUGACAGCCUAGACUUGACCAGAGAAAGUGCAGAUCUACCAUUGGAAGCCCCACCUUUCUCGACUUCCUGAUUUUUUUUUUAAUAUCUGAACUCUUUCAAGCUGCUAAUGAUGCCGCUUAGCAAUGUGAAAACCCCUUUUCUCCUGAGGUGGUUGAAGAGGAGAGCUGGCACCUCGCUUGCCUCUUGAUGGACAUAAUAGAUGGGGCUGAUGGGAAUUGCAAAGGAACUGGGUAGGGGGAAUGUGGAGGGGGUAGGUCUUUGUAGACUCCAAACAGUGAUCAGGCAAAGGGUUAACUGGGGAGGCUGUCAUGUCUGGAUUCCAGCAUGGGGGCCAAAGGUCUCCAUCGGCUUAUCCCCAACUGGUGCCAUCUCUUUUUGCUUUAGAACCAGCUGUGCAGCUGGCACCUGCAGGCUUGUGAGCUCCGGCACAUCAUGGCCAAAGUGGCUCCGCAGCUUUUCAUCAGUUUGGGAAGUCACAAGUGGGUUGCUGGGUUGUGCCCUGAGCCCAGUCUUGAUUUGCUUAUUUGUGUCUUGCACGGUACUCUGAAUGGCCUUGGUAGCACUUUUGAGCAAUGUCCUUCGAAGAGGGCAGUAGGUAGUGUGGGAAAGCAAGACUGCCUGAACAUUUGCUGCUGAUGCCUGGGAAUUUUGCAGCUUUGGGCAGGAGGGUUCAGUCUGCUGUAAGGUAACAUGGAGCUAGCAGGUGGUGCUGAGAUCUUGGCAUUGGCUGUCUCCUGUCUCCAAAGCUGGUGAUGAUAACAAGGCCCCAGUGGAUGCACAGCAACUGAAAAAACCUGUUUACAAAUGGCUGGUGCUAAUUUUUACCUGCACCUCUGGUGAAAUGAGAAGGUAAUGUGGUAUGAUUCCCCCUACAUCAUGCAGCACAAUGCUAUGAGUGACAUUCCAGAUGGGCCAGUCUGAGGUAGCUUCAGUCAAAAUCAGUUCAUUGCAGCAGAUGAGUAACUGGGUUUUUGUCUCCCCAUCUCCCACCCCCACUCCUUGAAGGAUUGUAAAUUCAGCUAUGAUGUGACCAAAUGGAGCAAGACAACUGUUGUGUAUCCGUUUGGAUGCUAAUCCUUUUUUCAGCAAUAAUUGCAAUUCUUCCGGUUUUGCCAUCGUAUAUAACAAACCGUCUUUUAAAAAAAUAUGUUCUGAUUACAUGAAAGAUACACUUUGGAAUGAGACAACUCUUGUUGAAGUAAGGGUUUGGGUUCUUUGUGUGUGUCUGUAAUUAGCAGAAAUCCUACUUUGAUCUUGCAAGUGAUGGAAACAAUGGAUUAUUCUUUUAAAAAUCCUUGAUUCAGCUUUGGGACUCAAGAAACAAGCAUUGUUAAAGGACCUGAACUCUCAUGCAAGCUUACCUCCAACGGUUACUGGGACCACCUCGUUAGGGGUGAGGGAAAUGCAGUCUGCUUUUGAAAUUUAUUCUGAGGUUUAGACUUUUAAAAAUAUUUUUAACAAUCUGUUCUUAAACUAUGAUUUCUGCAUUGUUUUGUUUUGUGUUUUUCUUAUUCCAGAGAAUAAAAAUCCAGGAAAUUUUAGCCAA